UCACUGCUGUUCUCUCUCCCUCCCCUGCACGCUGCUUUUCAGUUUCCUCCCCUCUUGUCUGCCUUAGUCUUUUCACCCACGACUCGUCCCGUGGAUUUCUUCACCCUCCCCUCCCCUUGUCUCUCUGGGCAGCCUUCGCAAGGCAGUGCUGUCGUGACUUGCCGACUGCCACUGCAAGGGAAGGAGAGAGCAGGAGGAAGGAGAGAAAGAAAGAGAAGCUGAGACAGACCAAUCGAUUUCUCUGGUACUGAAGAGGGAGAGAGACACUAGAGGAGGAGAGGAGGUUGCAGUGUUUUUCCUACUCGUUUUGGUUUAUCUCCUUGGACUUGUAUGUGAGUCUUCUCCGGCAUUUGAUCCACGUUCUUUCCUUUGAAAGAGGGGACAUCUAAUUGAAGGGACAGCUGGUGCAGUUUUGAGACAGGACUCUUCUUUCCCUUCCCCCCUAAAGUGUCAACAUUUGGGACUUCAGAGGAGGACUCCCUUUUGCCAGAGAAGUUCAAUGUUCACCAAAAUAACAGAUCUCCAUUCUGAAUGAUAAUGCUGGAUACCAACAACUGCCUGUCCUUCGAACUCUCCCCUCAUGGCUCUCCUCCAAUGGGAGACGAUGUGGAUAUGGAGAAGGCAGGGCUGAAGAUGGAUCAUGACCGACAUGUCUAUCACAGCUUGAAAGAAGGUGGGCGAUCGGGAUAUGCUCACAAGUUAUCUGUCCUCCAGCUCAAACUCCAGCAGAGACGAACACGUGAGGAACUGGUCAGCCAAGGGAUCAUGCCACCACUGAAGAGCCCGGCAGCCUUUCACGAACAGCGGAGGCUUCUGGAGCGAGCAAGGACCGAGGACUAUCUGAAGAGGAAGAUUCGGUGUCGUCCUGAGCGCUCCGAGCUGGUCAGGAUGCACAUUCUGGAGGAGACGUUGGCAGAGCCGUCUCUGCAGGCUAAGCAACUGCAGCUGAAGCGAGCGCGACUGGCCGACAACCUCAAUGACAAGAUCUCCCACAGACCGGGUCCCAUCGAGCUGGUUCACAAAAACAUCCUGUCAGUCACCUGCUCUCUGCAGCACUCACUGCUGGAUUCUCCAAAAGGAGCCGGGGGAGAGAGCUCGUCUCUAGACGAAGACAGCAGUGAUGCUCUGUCGCCAGACCAGCCAACCAAUCACGACUCUCCCCUGAGUGCCGUCCCUCAGCUGUCCCCCCCUGAUGCUCUCACCCAGAAGGAGGACAUUUCUCCCACACAGUUUGUUACUCAGGCCCCUCCUCCACCUCCUCCCCAGGGGAAUGGCUGCGCCUCGUCCCCGCCCCCUAAAUUGACAAAUGGAACGAUGUUGAUUUCAGCAAGUCCCCGCUCCACUUUGGGACAGGUCAAGGCUCGGAGCUCAGAUCGUCCUCCACAAAGAACCAAGAAAACAAAGGACAACAAACCCAAGGUGAAGAAGCUGAAGUACCACCAGUACAUCCCUCCAGACCAGAAGGCUGACAAGGAGCUUCCGCCGCCGAUGGACUCAUCCUAUGCAAAGCUGCUCCACCAGCAGCAGCUCUUCCUGCAGCUGCAGAUCCUCAGCCAGCAACAGCAGCACUACAACUACCACACCAUCCUGCCCGCCCCUCCCAAGCCUCCAGCCGAGCAGUCUCCCACAGUCAACUCUGGACCUUCCCCCUCCCGCAGCGCUCCCUCCACUACCACCCCGGCCCCUUCCAAUCAGAGCACGGCUGGCCGUCAGAGCCAAACUGCAGUGGGAGGAGCCAAACCCAGCACUCUGCCAGCCAACUUGGAUGAGUUCAAGGUCGCAGAGUUGAAACAGGAACUGAAAUUACGUGGUCUGACCGUCUCUGGCACUAAGAACGAUCUCAUCGAGAGGCUCCGCAACUACCAGGAGCAAAAUGGUGGCAACGCAGCUGUUUUGAAAAAUGCAAUAUUGCAGCAGGCCGCUAACUCUACUGCUAGCACCAGCACAUCCUCUCCGACCACAACUGCCGCCCCUGACCACCAGUUAGGAGAGAGCGGGUUUAAAUUAGCUUUGUCCUCAUUGGCUCAUGCAGUUCCUGGGAGAGUCAUGCGUUUUGGCAGCACCAGCUCCAGCCCGCCUAUGUCGCCUACUCCAUCUGAGAGGUCGUUGGCUGGGAUGAGUCCGGAUGAGACGAGCUGUAAUGGAGACAUGUUUGGAGAAAUGGUGAGCUCUCCGUUAACUCAACUCACCCUGCACCCAUCUCCUCAGCCCUCGUCAAACAUCUCUCCACUCUCACAGCCACUCUCCCAGGUCAAAGAGGAAAUGCAGAGCACAUGCAGCCAGUCCACGUCUUCAGCUGCCUCGAGCCAGCGUCCAGAGCCCCUGUCAGCCGGAGCCAUGGACUCGUCCUCUAUGGAUAAGGACCAGAUGCUGCAGGAGAAGGACAAACAGAUCGAGGAAUUGACCAAGAUGCUAAGACAGAAGCAGAGGCUAGUGGAGACCCUCAGGUCCCAGCUGGAGCAGGGCAAGGUGACUGGUGGAGUAGUGGUGAAGAGGGAAGGAAUUGAGAAGAGCAAAUCAGCCCCAGAGGCUAAACUUCCAACUCUAAUAAAAGCCUCAGCCAUUCAACCCCCGACUCUCCCUAACGGCACUGUGGUGAAAGUAAAGAGGGAGGUGGAGUCUGAGGAAGAAAUGGAGGGAGUAACAGAAGAGGCGCAGUCAAAGAAGCUGGCCCAGCCGAUGCAGUGCUCUCAGGAGACGCUGCUCAGGCUGCAGCAGAUUCAGCGGCUGCAGGCAGAACAGCAGAAACAGCUACAACCACCCCAACAACAGCAAAGUCUGGCACAACCGCAGAAAGUAGCAGAGGCUAAAUCAAACCCUCAAAAACAACAACAGCAAAAGAAAGAAGCUCAAAUCCUGCUCCAGCAGCAGCAGCAGCUCCAGCAGCUCAUCAUCCAGCAAACCCAGCAGAAACAGCUGCAGGCCCAGCAGAAGUUAGCACAGCAGAAACUGGCCCAGCAGAAACUCGCACAACAGAAGCCGGUGCAGCAGAGCCAGCUCAAACAACCUCCCGGGCAAGUUCAACAGAGCCAGCCGAAGAACCAAGUUCAGCUGAAGCAGGUUCAGGUGCAGAUCCAGAACCAGACCGUGGCGAGCCAGAAGCCUGCAACGACCCAAAUCCAGCAGAGGAAACAACUGAGGGCUCAGCAGAGGCAGCAGCAGAAACAGCAGACGGCAGCUGUUGCCACACAACAGGUGGCUCCAGUUUUCAUCAACCAACAGAACGGCACUCCGAUGCAAACUCAGGCCAUUUCAUUAGACGUCCUCAAGGCCAACGGCACACCCACACUGGUCACCGAUAGCAACGGCAACCACUACCUGAUCGCUCUCACCAGUCCCAACACAGGGACAGGCGGACAGAACGGAGUGUCUCCAUUGGCCAAAACCAACGGACGCAUCACACUGCAGUCCAUAUUUCAGAGAUUACUGUCGACUCCGAGUAAACUCCCAAGCAGCGACAGCCAAUCAAAAGAGCAGGUGGAGGCCGAGCUUGUGAGCGAGCCAAUCAAAAAGGGACAGAAGGCCGGGCUUCACCUGGACACCAAUGGCGUUCCACAACCCAGCCUGUCAGUCACUGCUCCUCCCAACCUGCAGCCUUUCUUCGACGACAUGUCAGAGAGCGAAAGCCAAAGCAACCUAAUCUCGUCUCUCAAGAGAGAGGAGUUGUGUCCGCCUUACGACCGGCACACACUGUUCACCCCUCCCUCUCCCAAACCCAACACCUCUCUUCCUCUUCAACGCUCCAAACAGGAGAACGGCGUGAACAGUCAGCAGAUGGACGACCUGUUUGACAUCCUGCUGAAGAGUGGAGAAAUCCCUGGCUUCAAGUCCAACCCAGAUCCUUCCCUUGCCCCUCUUCACUCCAACCCACCCUCUCCGUCCUCUCCCCCAUCUCCCCUCCACCUCUCCCCUCCCACGCCAACGGAGCCCCUCAUCUCCCCUCAGCCUUGCACGGGCGGCGGACGCCUGGAGGACUUCCUGGAGAGCACCACAGGUGCUCCUCUGCUGGGCGUGGAGCCCGACGGCGCCCUGACGCUGAUCGACGACCUCCACAGCCAAAUGCUGAGCACGCCCAGCAUCCUGGACCACCCUCCCACCCCCAUGGACACGUCAGACCUGGGCUUCUCUCCCCACUCCACGGGGUUGGACUUUGGCGACCCCACCUUGGACAGCAUGGACUGGCUGGACAUCUCCAUGGUGGGGAGCUCCAGUGGAGGGAGUGGGGGCGGCAGAGGGGGCAGUGGAGGAGGAGGCGGAGCUGGCGAAGGAGAUGGGGGAACGAGUCUGGCCCCGCUGGCGCCGCACACUCCGCCGAGCGUCUUCUCGGCUGAUUUUCUGGACAGCACGGACCUGCAGCUGCACUGGGAGUCGUGUUUGUAGCUCCACACAGAGAUGGACUCACACUUGCUCACACUGCGUACAGGCUCCGUCUUCAUUUCAUGCACAUACAGAACGUUCUCUAUGCUGUCUCUACCACUGCAGGGGUCACUGGCACAUGCACUCACAUUUACACACAUUUACACACAUCCCUCUCACUGGCUGUUACUCUAUGCAGGCUGAAAAGAAACAUAAAUGAAAUUCAUUUAGCUGACUUGAACGUGAUGGGACUGAAGUGGACUUUUUGAAUUUGAAUGGGAUUCAUACAGCAGACUGUAAUAUCCCAAGUCAUGUGUCCUGACCUGCAUUACAACCAAGUUAAAUGGGCCAUGUACAAGUUUUGCUAUCGCUACAUAGCUAACAUUAUCAUUAACAGCUGUUUACUCACCACUCUAGCCAAGAACUUCAUCUUUGUGUUUGUGCCCCGAGGAAGGUCGUCGUCUUCGGUUCAGACUAGACGCAGCAUGAGAUGGGCCAGCCGGGCUAGCAGUCUAAUGUCAGCAGAGGAAAGUAGUGACGGAAAUAGACACAAAACAGUAGAAUUGGUUUCCACUGGAGAUACAUGAACGAACUGCUGUCCUGGUGAGGAAUACGCUGUUAAUGUAGCUUUAGCAAACCUUUACAGUCACCUCCUUUAAAGGGAACCAGUAGAAAACUCUAGUCACUGUAAUAAAGUCAAUUCAACUCUUGGAAAUGGUUUGACAGACGAGAGCUGUUGAACGACUGUCUGCGGCGUUUACUCGGGCGCCGCAGAGUGUGUGUCAGUGCCUCCUAAACUUUGCACUUAUGCUGAAUCUGAUUGGUUCAAAGGGGGCGUUUGGGUCGGCGGCCAAAUCUUAGCACUGUGCGGCGAGGCUGAGGGAAGAUGAUGUGUUACAUCGAUCAGCUGAGCCGCUGAUGGUGGCGAGAAGAAAAGGCAGCAGGUGGUUGCCACUUCACCGUGGCAACCUGAACCCCGCCCACACUAUCAAAAACUAACAACCAACCAUCAUUGGUUGACAGUUGCUGUUGAGAUGAACCAUAUCAGUGGCAACAGUUUGAAUUGAAGCCUCAUUGGAGGUUGCGUAUUAUUGGUAACAUUAUGGUAGACCACUAUGUAUUGCUGUAUAUGGGGUGUAUAUUAUCAAUUGUCCAUAUGACUAUUUUUCUUUGCUGGUUGCUUUAGAAUCGAGUUGGCCGGCUGGGGAACAUGGGGUAAGGGUGAGGUUUCCAAAAUAAUUGAACCUCGUCAUUUUUUAAAGAAAAAAAGUUUAAAAAAAUAAACAUACUAUAAAAAGUCUGA